AUGACGGAAACUCCACUCCCUGUGAAACGUCCGAGCUCAGGGAAGACAGUUUCUUACUUCCUACAACAUGAUUAUGGACAUGAAAUUACUAAGAAAUAUCAAAACCAAAAGCAAAAUUUCCAAGAAAUUCGUCAUCUAUACGAAUUAAUUUUGAAAUCUUCUGAUAAAAAAAUCACUCCUGAGCAUAAACAGAAAUUACUAGAUACUAUUGAUAUACUACAAACAAUUAAAUCUCAAUUAAUUGAAGGUUUUUCCCAUUACGAAAAAAAUUCUCAUAAAGAAUCUCUUCCACCUGCCCAUCCUCAUCGCCAACAACCAAGAAUGGAGAUAUUACGCUCAGUUUCGCAGAAAAUUACAUAUAAUCCUCAAACACAUCAGAAACCACAAAAGAAACUCAAACGAGCAUCAAUUACAACAGAGACUACUUCUCGCCAAAUUAAUUCCAUGACUAUUUGGAACCAAGUUAAUAGGUUUUAUUCGACAGUUCCAACAGUUUCGAACCUUGCAAAUUUUUUAUAUCCAAUUGACAUUACACCUAAGCGCGGACAAAUAGGCCAACACUAUUCUAUUGCAUAUAAUGAUAAACUUAAGCAGAAAUAUAAGAACGAUUCCGUUCAAAUUCGAAUUCCAGGAUCAAUCACCCCAGCAAAUGCAAAUUCUGGAGCAUCACCCGAAGUAGUUUUUCAUAGAUUACUUUGUUCAUUCGUACAACUUACGAAAGAGCGCCCUGUUGAAAGAAAUGGAAAAAAUUUCGAAGCCCCUCCAAUUGAUCACAACGCGGAAGCUCUAUUUCCGAAUGCAUACGGUACAUCAAUAUAUACCAGCAUUCCUUUUGAACAGAAACUGCUACUAGAAGUACAAUCUUUAGAUUUACAUCCAGGAAAGAACGAAAUCAUUUCAGUUGAUAAUGACAUAGCGAGAGAAAUAGAUCUUGCUAACGAAGAAUACAUAAACAGUCUCAAAAAGACAAAUCAAAUGAGAGCUUCCAUUUUAGAGAGACUUAAAGCUGCAGAACCAUCUUUAGUUGCAAAGGCAAUGAAACUCAGAAAGGCUGUUUCUCAACCGGACCGUCCUGAAACUCCAAAGAAAAUUCCUCGACCAAAAUCUCGAGGAAAAAGCUUUGAUGAAUAA